GCUGAUCCAUUUCCCUCCCACCCUCCAUCCAACGCUCCCCUUUCUCGCUUUUCUCUUUGAUGUCAAACUUUCUUGUCGACAACUCAUGAUCAUUUAUGAAAAACAAUAACAUUGACCUUACACGUAAAGAUCUUAGAACUCAUCUGCAUUAUCCUUGAUGCAUAUGUGACGUACGCGAACAUGAGCAAUAAAUAAAUGCGAGCGAAAGACCGUCAUUCCUCUUAAUCGUUCCCUUGUCUCUGCCCAGAUAUGACCUCGCAUUAACGUAAUUUUAUUCGGAUCCAAACUGAAAAACAAAAAAGUAAAAUAGAGAAAAAGAAAUUUAUUUCGAUUUUAUGUUCUAAAUUUUUAAUUUGGAGGCUUGAUUUAAUUAGCUCUUUGAGGAUAACCCGCGACUGAGUCAAAAUGGCUAUGGCAUUGGCGGGAAUGAGUGACUCAGUGUCAGUCAGGGUUCCGUACAGUAACUUAAAGAACGAAUUGGAAGUUGAAAUGAUCGUCGAUCCUCUUCUUCAGAUGGAUCUGAAUUCGUCUCCCAGCUUUCGUUCAACUUCUUCCUCGUCUCCUUCGUCGAGGCCUCCCCACGGAAACUUUAACUUAUCGUCGCCAAUCCGCGUCAGGUCCAAGGAUUCUAGCUUAAUGACUCUAGUUCUUAGUUGUAUGAUCGCAGCUGGGGUUCAGUUUGGUUGGGCUUUGCAACUAUCGCUCUUGACUCCUUACAUUCAGACACUUGGAAUAGGACACACUUUUUCUUCAUUUAUUUGGCUCUGCGGUCCAAUAACUGGUCUUGUGGUUCAACCUUGUGUUGGCAUUUGGAGUGAUAAAUGCACUUCAAAAUAUGGAAGGAGACGACCUUUUAUCCUAGCUGGAUCACUCAUGAUCUCUGUUGCUGUGAUAAUAAUCGGGUUUUCUGCAGAUGUUGGAUACAUAUUAGGCGAUACAAAGGAGGAUAGCAUUACAUUUAAGGGUACACGAACAAGGGCAGCUUUUGUCUUUGAUAUUGGGUUUUGGAUGUUGGAUCUUGCAAACAAUACAGUGCAGGGACCAGCUCGUGCCCUUCUGGCUGAUCUGUCAGGUCCUGAUCAACAUAAUUCUGCAAACGCUAUAUUUUGCUUAUGGAUGGUUGUUGGAAACAUCUUGGGAUUUUCCGCUGGUGCUAGUGGGAGUUGGCACAGAUGGUUUCCUUCUUUGAAAAGUAGAGCUUGCUGUGAAGCCUGUGCCAAUCUUAAUGCAGCAUUUCUUGUUGCUCUUGUCUUUCUCUUUUCUUGUACUCUUGUGACUAUAUGUUUUGCGAAGGAGGUUCCACUUUCAGUGCCAGCAAACCAGCCAGCUCACGUAUCGGAUUCUGCUCCUUUGUUGGAUGAUUCCAAUCAACAUAGCUUUCAACACCCAAAAUCAAAAUCUGAAGUAUCUGUUGUUCUCAAUGCUAAUAGGAACCAUACUGAAAAUGGAUAUGAGCGAGUGUCAAAAUCUGAGCAUGCUAAGAGAAAAGAUACAAAUGUUCAAGAUGAAGUUUUCAGUGAUGGACCUGGUGCUGUUCUUGUCAACACCAGUUUAAGGCAUUUACAGUCUGGAAUGCGCUCAGUGCUUAUUGUUAUGGCUCUCAGUUGGCUUUCCUUGUUCCCGUUCUUUCUGUUUGAUACGGAUUGGAUGGGAAGAGAAGUAUAUCAUGGAGAUCCAAAGGGGAAUGCUUCUGAAAUAAAAUUGUAUGAUCAAGGUGUCAGAGAAGGUGCAUUUGGUUUGCUAUUAAAUUCUGUUGUUCUGGGUGUUAGUUCUCUCUUUAUUGAGCCGAUGUGUAAAAGGGUGGGAUCAAGACUUGUUUGGGCAAUGAGCAACUAUAUUGUGUUUGGCUGUAUGGCUGUCACAGCUAUAAUUAGUUUGGUAUCUGUCAGAGAAUAUUCUCAAGGGAUCAAACAUGUAAUGGGAGGGAGUGCUGCAAUGAGGAUUGCUGCCUUGGUUAUAUUCAUUCUUCUAGGCUUUCCUUUAGCUAUUACCUUUAGUGUUCCAUUUUCUGUUACAGCAGAGUUAACUGCUGAAUCUGGUGGCGGCCAAGGAUUGGCAAUUGGAGUUCUGAACCUUGCAAUUGUUGUUCCACAGAUGUUUGUAUCGCUGGGUGCAGGUCCUGAGAUGCUAUUUGGUGGAGGAAAUAUACCAGCCUUUAUUUUGGGUUCCUUAUGCGCUCUGGCUGCAGGGGUUAUCGCAACUUUCAGGCUGCCUGAUUUGUCAAGUUCCUUCAAGUCUGGUUUUCAUUUUGGUUAA